AUGUCUUCUCUUCUGGAAAACAUCACUGCCAUCAUCGACCUAUUCCAUCAAUAUUCAAAAACCGAUAAGGAGACUGAAACACUGAGCAAAAAAGAACUGAAGGAACUUCUGGAAGUGGAGUUUCGACCAAUCCUGAAGAACCCAGAUGACCCAGAUACUGCUGAUGUCUUCAUGCAUAUCCUCGAUAUAGACCACGACAAGAAAAUAGACUUUACAGAGUUUUUUCUGAUGGUGUUCAAGUUGGCCCAAGCAUAUUAUAAUUCAACCAGGAGACAGAAUUUCCACACAUCAGGGCAUAAGCAGAAAAAGUAUAGACACCAUCAUGAAGAUGAAGAAGAUGUCAUAGAAGAAGAGGAUAAAGAAGAAAAAAAGAGAAAGUCCACUCAUUCAACAAGCAGUGAUGGAAAGGAGAAAGAUAGAUCAAAGAGCCCAAGAGGAAGAGGAAGAAACAGACACGGACGCAGGGAAUCCGCUGUCAGCCCGGCCAGCGACAGCGAGCGCUCCGAUCAAAAUGCAGGGAGACAAGCUGUGACCACCCAGGGAAGAUCUGGGUCCACCUCAAGGCACCAGCAGGAGGGAUCCCAUGGCCACGCGCGAGUCAGCUCUAGGCACUCAGACUCUCAGCAAGGGCACAGGGCCACCCCUACAGAGAGGGACUCUGUCCACGCAGAGUCCGGAAGCAGCGCUGCCCACAGACAGGGGCGCCGCCAUGAGCAGGAACGAGACAGCUCCAGACACUCACAGACUGAGCACGGACAAACCUCAGAUGUGUUCGGUAGCCAUACACGCAGGGAAUCCGCUGUCAGCCCGGCCAGCGACAGCGAGCGCUCUGAGCAAGAUGGAGGGAGACAAGCUGUGACCACCCAGGGAAGAUCUGGGUCCACCUCAAGGCACCAGCAGGAAGGAUCCCAUGGCCAGGCGCGAGUCAGCUCUAGGCACUCAGACUCUCAGCAAGGGCACAGGGCCUCCCCUAGAGAGAGGGACUCUGUCCACGCAGAGUCCGGAAGCAGCGCUGCCCACAGACAGGGGCGCCGCCAUGAGCAGGAACGAGACAGCUCCAGACACUCACGGACUGAGCACGGACAAACCUCAGAUGUGUCCGGUAGCCGUAGGCGCAGGGAAUCCGCUGUCAGCCCGGCCAGCGACAGCGAGCGCUCCGAGCAAGAUGCAGGGAGACAAGCUGUGACCACCCAGGGAAGAUCUGGGUCCACCUCAAGGCACCAGCAGGAGGGAUCCCAUGGCCAGGCGCGAGUCAGCUCUAGGCACUCAGACUCUCAGCAAGGGCACAGGGCCACCCCUACAGAGAGGGACUCUGUCCACGCAGAGUCCGGAAGCAGCGCUGCCCACAGACAGGGGCGCCGCCAUGAGCAGGAACGAGACAGCUCCAGACACUCACGGACUGAGCACGGACAAACCUCAGAUGUGUUCGGUAGCCGUAGACGCAGGGAAUCCACUGUCAGCCCGGCCAGCGACAGCGAGCGCUCCGAGCAAAAUGCAGGGAGACAAGCUGUGACCACCCAGGGAAGAUCUGGGUCCACCUCAAGGCACCAGCAGGAGGGAUCCCAUGGCCAGGCGCGAGUCAGCUCUAGGCACUCAGACUCUCAGCAAGGGCACAGGGCCACCCCUACAGAGAGGGACUCUGUCCACGCAGAGUCCGGAAGCAGCGCUGCCCACAGACAGGGGCGCCGCCAUGAGCAGGAACGAGACAGCUCCAGACACUCACGGACUGAGCACGGACAAACCUCAGAUGUGUCCGGUAGCCGUACACGCAGGGAAUCCGCUGUCAGCCGGGCCAGCGACAGCAAGCGCUCCGAGCAAGAUGGAGGGAGACAAGCUGUGACCACCCAGGGAAGAUCUGGGUCCACCUCAAGGCACCAGCAGGAGGGAUCCCAUGGCCAGGCGCGAGUCAGCUCUAGGCACUCAGACUCUCAGCAAGGGCACAGGGCCACCCCUACAGAGAGGGACUCUGUCCACGCAGAGUCCGGAAGCAGCGCUGCCCACAGACAGGGGCGCCGCCAUGAGCAGGAACGAGACAGCUCCAGACACUCACGGACUGAGCACGGACAAACCUCAGAUGUGUCCGGUAGCCGUACACGCAGGGAAUCCGCUGUCAGCCCGGCCAGCGACAGCGAGCGCUCCGAGCAAGAUGGAGGGAGACAAGCUGUGACCACCCAGGGAAGAUCUGGGUCCACCUCAAGGCACCAGCAGGAGGGAUCCCAUGGCCAGGCGCGAGUCAGCUCUAGGCACUCAGACUCUCAGCAAGGGCACAGGGCCACCCCUACAGAGAGGGACUCUGUCCACGCAGAGUCCGGAAGCAGCGCUGCCCACAGACAGGGGCGCCGCCAUGAGCAGGAACGAGACAGCUCCAGACACUCACGGACUGAGCACGGACAAACCUCAGAUGUGUCCGGUAGCCGUAGACGCAGGGAAUCCGCUGUCAGCCCGACCAGCGACAGCGAGCGCUCCGAGCAAGAUGGAGGGAGACAAGCUGUGACCACCCAGGGAAGAUCUGGGUCCACCUCAAGGCACCAGCAGGAGGGAUCCCAUGGCCAGGCGCGAGUCAGCUCUAGGCACUCAGACUCUCAGCAAGGGCACAGGGCCUCCCCUAGAGAGAGGGACUCUGUCCACGCAGAGUCCGGAAGCAGCGCUGCCCACAGACAGGGGCGCCGCCAUGAGCAGGAACGAGACAGCUCCAGACACUCACGGACUGAGCACGGACAAACCUCAGAUGUGUCCGGUAGCCGUAGACGCAGGGAAUCCGCUGUCAGCCCGGCCAGCGACAGCGAGCGCUCCGAGCAAGAUGGAGGGAGACAAGCUGUGACCACCCAGGGAAGAUCUGGGUCCACCUCAAGGCACCAGCAAGAGGGAUCCCAUGGCCAGGCGCGAGUCAGCUCUAGGCACUCAGACUCUCAGCAAGGGCACAGGGCCACCCCUACAGAGAGGGACUCUGUCCACGCAGAGUCCGGAAGCAGCGCUGCCCACAGACAGGGGCGCCGCCAUGAGCAGGAACGAGACAGCUCCAGACACUCACGGACUGAGCACGGACAAACCUCAGAUGUGUCCGGUAGCCGUAGACGCAGGGAAUCCGCUGUCAGCCCGGCUAGCGACAGCGAGCGCUCCGAGCAAGAUGGAGGGAGACAAGCUGUGACCACCCAGGGAAGAUCUGGGUCCACCUCAAGGCACCAGCAGGAGGGAUCCCAUGGCCAGGCGCGAGUCAGCUCUAGGCACUCAGACUCUCAGCAAGGGCACAGGGCCUCCCCUAGAGAGAGGGACUCUGUCCACGCAGAGUCCGGAAGCAGCGCUGCCCACAGACAGGGGCGCCGCCAUGAGCAGGAACGAGACAGCUCCAGACACUCACGGACUGAGCACGGACAAACCUCAGAUGUGUCCGGUAGCCGUAGACGCAGGGAAUCCGCUGUGAGCCCGGCCAGCGACAGCGAGCGCUCCGAUCAAAAUGCAGGGAGACAAGCUGUGACCACCCAGGGAAGAUCUGGGUCCACCUCAAGGCACCAGCCGGAGGGAUCCCAUGGCCAGGCGCGAGUCAGCUCUAGGCACUCAGACUCUCAGCAAGGGCACAGGGCCACCCCUACAGAGAGGGACUCUGUCCACGCAGAGUCCGGAAGCAGCGCUGCCCACAGACAGGGGCGCCGCCAUGAGCAGGAACGAGACAGCUCCAGACACUCACGGACUGAGCACGGACAAACCUCAGAUGUGUCCGGUAGCCGUAGGCGCAGGGAAUCCGCUGUCAGCCCGGCUAGCGACAGCGAGCGCUCCGAGCAAGAUGGAGGGAGACAAGCUGUGACCACCCAGGGAAGAUCUGAGUCCACCUCAAGGCACCAGCAGGAGGGAUCCCAUGGCCAGGCGCGAGUCAGCUCUAGGCACUCAGACUCUCAGCAAGGGCACAGGGCCACCCCUACAGAGAGGGACUCUGUCCACGCAGAGUCCGGAAGCAGCGCUGCCCACAGACAGGGGCGCCGCCAUGAGCAGGAACGAGACAGCUCCAGACACUCACGGACUGAGCACGGACAAACCUCAGAUGUGUCCGGUAGCCGUAGGCGCAGGGAAUCCGCUGUCAGCCCGGCCAGCGACAGCGAGCGCUCCGAGCAAGAUGGAGGGAGACAAGCUGUGACCACCCAGGGAAGAUCUGGGUCCACCUCAAGGCACCAGCAGGAAGGAUCCCAUGGCCAGGCGCGAGUCAGCUCUAGGCACUCAGACUCUCAGCAAGGGCACAGGGCCUCCCCUAGAGAGAGGGACUCUGUCCACGCAGAGUCCGGAAGCAGCGCUGCCCACAGACAGGGGCGCCGCCAUGAGCAGGAACGAGACAGCUCGAGACACUCACGGACUGAGCACGGACAAACCUCAGAUGUGUCCGGUAGCCGUAGACGCAGGGAAUCCACUGUCAGCCCGGCCAGCGACAGCGAGCGCUCCGAGCAAGAUGCAGGGAGACAAGCUGUGACCACCCAGGGAAGAUCUGGGUCCACCUCAAGGCACCAGCAGGAGGGAUCCCAUGGCCAGGCGCGAGUCAGCUCUAGGCACUCAGACUCUCAGCAAGGGCACAGGGCCACCCCUACAGAGAGGGACUCUGUCCACGCAGAGUCCGGAAGCAGCGCUGCCCACAGACAGGGGCGCCGCCAUGAGCAGGAACGAGACAGCUCCAGACACUCACAGACUGAGCACGGACAAACCUCAGAUGUGUCCGGUAGCCGUAGGCGCAGGGAAUCCGCUGUCAGCCCGGCCAGCGACAGCGAGCGCUCCGAGCAAGAUGGAGGGAGACAAGCUGUGACCACCCAGGGAAGAUCUGGGUCCACCUCAAGGCACCAGCAGGAGGGAUCCCAUGGCCACGCGCGAGUCAGCUCUAGGCACUCAGACUCUCAGCAAGGGCACAGGGCCACCCCUACAGAGAGGGACUCUGUCCACGCAGAGUCCGGAAGCAGCGCUGCCCACAGACAGGGGCGCCGCCAUGAGCAGGAACGAGACAGCUCCAGACACUCACGGACUGAGCACGGACAAACCUCAGAUGUGUCCGGUAGCCGUAGACGCAGGGAAUCCGCUGUCAGCCCGGCCAGCGACAGCGAGCGCUCCGAGCAAGAUGGAGGGAGACAAGCUGUGACCACCCAGGGAAGAUCUGGGUCCACCUCAAGGCACCAGCAGGAGGGAUCCCAUGGCCAGGCGCGAGUCAGCUCUAGGCACUCAGACUCUCAGCAAGGGCACAGGGCCACCCCUACAGAGAGGGACUCUGUCCACGCAGAGUCUGGAAGCAGCGCUGCCCACAGACAGGGGCGCCGCCAUGAGCAGGAACGAGACAGCUCCAGACACUCACGGACUGAGCACGGACAAACCUCAGAUGUGUCCGGUAGCCGUAGACGCAGGGAAUCCGCUGUCAGCCCGACCAGCGACAGCGAGCGCUCCGAGCAAGAUGGAGGGAGACAAGCUGUGACCACCCAGGGAAGAUCUGGGUCCACCUCAAGGCACCAGCAGGAGGGAUCCCAUGGCCAGGCGCGAGUCAGCUCUAGGCACUCAGACUCUCAGCAAGGGCACAGGGCCUCCCCUAGAGAGAGGGACUCUGUCCACGCAGAGUCCGGAAGCAGCGCUGCCCACAGACAGGGGCGCCGCCAUGAGCAGGAACGAGACAGCUCCAGACACUCACAGACUGAGCACGGACAAACCUCAGAUGUGUCCGGUAGCCGUAGACGCAGGGAAUCCGCUGUCAGCCCGGCCAGCGACAGCGAGCGCUCCGAGCAAGAUGGAGGGAGACAAGCUGUGACCACCCAGGGAAGAUCUGGGUCCACCUCAAGGCACCAGCAGGAGGGAUCCCAUGGCCACGCGCGAGUCAGCUCUAGGCACUCAGACUCUCAGCAAGGGCACAGGGCCACCCCUACAGAGAGGGACUCUGUCCACGCAGAGUCCGGAAGCAGCGCUGCCCACAGACAGGGGCGCCGCCAUGAGCAGGAACGAGACAGCUCCAGACACUCACGGACUGAGCACGGACAAACCUCAGAUGUGUCCGGUAGCCGUAGACGCAGGGAAUCCGCUGUCAGCCCGGCCAGCGACAGCGAGCGCUCCGAGCAAGAUGGAGGGAGACAAGCUGUGACCACCCAGGGAAGAUCUGGGUCCACCUCAAGGCACCAGCAGGAGGGAUCCCAUGGCCAGGCGCGAGUCAGCUCUAGGCACUCAGACUCUCAGCAAGGGCACAGGGCCACCCCUACAGAGAGGGACUCUGUCCACGCAGAGUCUGGAAGCAGCGCUGCCCACAGACAGGGGCGCCGCCAUGAGCAGGAACGAGACAGCUCCAGACACUCACGGACUGAGCACGGACAAACCUCAGAUGUGUCCGGUAGCCGUAGGCGCAGGGAAUCCGCUGUCAGCCCGGCCAGCGACAGCGAGCGCUCCGAGCAAGAUGCAGGGAGACAAGCUGUGACCACCCAGGGAAGAUCUGGGUCCACCUCAAGGCACCAGCAGGAGGGAUCCCAUGGCCAGGCGCGAGUCAGCUCUAGGCACUCAGACUCUCAGCAAGGGCACAGGGCCACCCCUACAGAGAGGGACUCUGUCCACGCAGAGUCCGGAAGCAGCGCUGCCCACAGACAGGGGCGCCGCCAUGAGCAGGAACGAGACAGCUCCAGACACUCACGGACUGAGCACGGACAAACCUCAGAUGUGUUCGGUAGCCGUACACGCAGGGAAUCCGCUGUCAGCCCGGCCAGCGACAGCGAGCGCUCCGAGCAAGAUGCAGGGAGACAAGCUGUGACCACCCAGGGAAGAUCUGGGUCCACCUCAAGGCACCAGCAGGAGGGAUCCCAUGGCCAGGCGCGAGUCAGCUCCAGGCACUCAGACUCUCAGCAAGGGCACAGGGCCACCCCUACAGAGAGGGACUCUGUCCACGCAGAGUCCGGAAGCAGCGCUGCCCACAGACAGGGGCGCCGCCAUGAGCAGGAACGAGACAGCUCCAGACACUCACAGACUGAGCACGGACAAACCUCAGAUGUGUCCGGUAGCCGUAGACGCAGGGAAUCCGCUGUCAGCCCGGCCAGCGACAGCGAGCGCUCCGAGCAAGAUGGAGGGAGACAAGCUGUGACCACCCAGGGAAGAUCUGGGUCCACCUCAAGGCACCAGCAGGAGGGAUCCCAUGGCCAGGCGCGAGUCAGCUCUAGGCACUCAGACUCUCAGCAAGGGCACAGGGCCACCCCUACAGAGAGGGACUCUGUCCACGCAGAGUCCGGAAGCAGCGCUGCCCACAGACAGGGGCGCCGCCAUGAGCAGGAACGAGACAGCUCCAGACACUCACGGACUGAGCACGGACAAACCUCAGAUGUGUCCGGUAGCCGUAGACGCAGGGAAUCCGCUGUCAGCCCGGCCAGCGACAGCGAGCGCUCCGAGCAAGAUGGAGGGAGACAAGCUGUGACCACCCAGGGAAGAUCUGGGUCCACCUCAAGGCACCAGCAGGAGGGAUCCCAUGGCCAGGCGCGAGUCAGCUCUAGGCACUCAGACUCUCAGCAAGGGCACAGGGCCACCCCUACAGAGAGGGACUCUGUCCACGCAGAGUCUGGAAGCAGCGCUGCCCACAGACAGGGGCGCCGCCAUGAGCAGGAACGAGACAGCUCCAGACACUCACGGACUGAGCACGGACAAACCUCAGAUGUGUCCGGUAGCCGUAGACGCAGGGAAUCCGCUGUCAGCCCGACCAGCGACAGCGAGCGCUCCGAGCAAGAUGGAGGGAGACAAGCUGUGACCACCCAGGGAAGAUCUGGGUCCACCUCAAGGCACCAGCAGGAGGGAUCCCAUGGCCAGGCGCGAGUCAGCUCUAGGCACUCAGACUCUCAGCAAGGGCACAGGGCCACCCCUACAGAGAGGGACUCUGUCCACGCAGAGUCCGGAAGCAGCGCUGCCCACAGACAGGGGCGCCGCCAUGAGCAGGAACGAGACAGCUCCAGACACUCACAGACUGAGCACGGACAAACCUCAGAUGUGUUCGGUAGCCAUACACGCAGGGAAUCCAGUGUCAGCCCGGCCAGCGACAGCGAGCGCUCUGAGCAAGAUGGAGGGAGACAAGCUGUGACCACCCAGGGAAGAUCUGGGUCCACCUCAAGGCACCAGCAGGAAGGAUCCCAUGGCCAGGCGCGAGUCAGCUCUAGGCACUCAGACUCUCAGCAAGGGCACAGGGCCUCCCCUAGAGAGAGGGACUCUGUCCACGCAGAGUCCGGAAGCAGCGCUGCCCACAGACAGGGGCGCCGCCAUGAGCAGGAACGAGACAGCUCCAGACACUCACGGACUGAGCACGGACAAACCUCAGAUGUGUCCGGUAGCCGUAGGCGCAGGGAAUCCGCUGUCAGCCCGGCCAGCGACAGCGAGCGCUCCGAGCAAGAUGCAGGGAGACAAGCUGUGACCACCCAGGGAAGAUCUGGGUCCACCUCAAGGCACCAGCAGGAGGGAUCCCAUGGCCAGGCGCGAGUCAGCUCUAGGCACUCAGACUCUCAGCAAGGGCACAGGGCCACCCCUACAGAGAGGGACUCUGUCCACGCAGAGUCCGGAAGCAGCGCUGCCCACAGACAGGGGCGCCGCCAUGAGCAGGAACGAGACAGCUCCAGACACUCACGGACUGAGCACGGACAAACCUCAGAUGUGUUCGGUAGCCGUACACGCAGGGAAUCCAGUGUCAGCCCGGCCAGCGACAGCGAGCGCUCCGAGCAAGAUGUAGGGAGACAAGCUGUGACCACCCAGGGAAGAUCUGGGUCCACCUCAAGGCACCAGCAGGAGGGAUCCCAUGGCCAGGCGCGAGUCAGCUCUAGGCACUCAGACUCUCAGCAAGGGCACAGGGCCACCCCUACAGAGAGGGACUCUGUCCACGCAGAGUCCGGAAGCAGCGCUGCCCACAGACAGGGGCGCCGCCAUGAGCAGGAACGAGACAGCUCCAGACACUCACAGACUGAGCACGGACAAACCUCAGAUGUGUCCGGUAGCCGUAGACGCAGGGAAUCCGCUGUCAGCCCGGCCAGCGACAGCGAGCGCUCCGAGCAAGAUGGAGGGAGACAAGCUGUGACCACCCAGGGAAGAUCUGGGUCCACCUCAAGGCACCAGCAGGAGGGAUCCCAUGGCCAGGCGCGAGUCAGCUCUAGGCACUCAGACUCUCAGCAAGGGCACAGGGCCACCCCUACAGAGAGGGACUCUGUCCACGCAGAGUCCGGAAGCAGCGCUGCCCACAGACAGGGGCGCCGCCAUGAGCAGGAACGAGACAGCUCCAGACACUCACGGACUGAGCACGGACAAACCUCAGAUGUGUCCGGUAGCCGUAGACGCAGGGAAUCCGCUGUCAGCCCGGCCAGCGACAGCGAGCGCUCCGAUCAAAAUGCAGGGAGACAAGCUGUGACCACCCAGGGAAGAUCUGGGUCCACCUCAAGGCACCAGCAGGAGGGAUCCCAUGGCCAGGCGCGAGUCAGCUCUAGGCACUCAGACUCUCAGCAAGGGCACAGGGCCACCCCUACAGAGAGGGACUCUGUCCACGCAGAGUCCGGAAGCAGCGCUGCCCACAGACAGGGGCGCCGCCAUGAGCAGGAACGAGACAGCUCCAGACACUCACGGACUGAGCACGGACAAACCUCAGAUGUGUCCGGUAGCCGUAGGCGCAGGGAAUCCGCUGUCAGCCCGGCCAGCGACAGCGAGCGCUCCGAGCAAGAUGCAGGGAGACAAGCUGUGACCACCCAGGGAAGAUCUGGGUCCACCUCAAGGCACCAGCAGGAGGGAUCCCAUGGCCAGGCGCGAGUCAGCUCUAGGCACUCAGACUCUCAGCAAGGGCACAGGGCCACCCCUACAGAGAGGGACUCUGUCCACGCAGAGUCCGGAAGCAGCGCUGCCCACAGACAGGGGCGCCGCCAUGAGCAGGAACGAGACAGCUCCAGACACUCACGGACUGAGCACGGACAAACCUCAGAUGUGUCCGGUAGCCGUAGGCGCAGGGAAUCCGCUGUCAGCCCGGCCAGCGACAGCGAGCGCUCCGAGCAAGAUGCAGGGAGACAAGCUGUGACCACCCAGGGAAGAUCUGGGUCCACCUCAAGGCACCAGCAGGAGGGAUCCCAUGGCCAGGCGCGAGUCAGCUCUAGGCACUCAGACUCUCAGCAAGGGCACAGGGCCACCCCUACAGAGAGGGACUCUGUCCACGCAGAGUCCGGAAGCAGCGCUGCCCACAGACAGGGGCGCCGCCAUGAGCAGGAACGAGACAGCUCCAGACACUCACGGACUGAGCACGGACAAACCUCAGAUGUGUCCGGUAGCCGUAGGCGCAGGGAAUCCGCUGUCAGCCCGGCCAGCGACAGCGAGCGCUCCGAGCAAGAUGGAGGGAGACAAGCUGUGACCACCCAGGGAAGAUCUGGGUCCACCUCAAGGCACCAGCAGGAGGGAUCCCAUGGCCAGGCGCGAGUCAGCUCUAGGCACUCAGACUCUCAGCAAGGGCACAGGGCCACCCCUACAGAGAGGGACUCUGUCCACGCAGAGUCCGGAAGCAGCGCUGCCCACAGACAGGGGCGCCGCCAUGAGCAGGAACGAGACAGCUCCAGACACUCACGGACUGAGCACGGACAAACCUCAGAUGUGUCCGGUAGCCGUAGGCGCAGGGAAUCCGCUGUCAGCCCGGCCAGCGACAGCGAGCGCUCCGAGCAAGAUGCAGGGAGACAAGCUGUGACCACCCAGGGAAGAUCUGGGUCCACCUCAAGGCACCAGCAGGAGGGAUCCCAUGGCCAGGCGCGAGUCAGCUCUAGGCACUCAGACUCUCAGCAAGGGCACAGGGCCUCCCCUAGAGAGAGGGACUCUGUCCACGCAGAGUCCGGAAGCAGCGCUGCCCACAGACAGGGGCUCCGCCAUGAGCAGGAACGAGACAGCUCCAAACACUCACGGACUGAGCACGGACAAACCUCAGAUGUGUCCGGUAGCCGUAGACACCCAGGGUCUAGUGAUGUUCAGUUCAGUGACAGUGAAGGUAAUUCUCAAGUGGGAGGUAGACAGUCUGCAGCUAGUUAUAGAACGUCUGGUUCUAGCUCAGGGAAUGAAACACAUGGUACAUUUCAAGGUUGGAGACAUGGCAGCUAUGGAAAUGCAGAUUAUGACUAUGGAGAGUCAGGAUAUGGACACUUUCAUGGUGGUGUUGUCCGUCAUGAUUCCAAUCGUGUGUCUUUCAGGGACAGGUCUCAAUCCCCUUCAGAAUACAUCAGGUCCAAUAUAACAGCCAGUAAUAUUCAUCCUGGUUUAAAAUCGUUGGGAUUUCAUCAGUUCCACAGAUACUUUUAUUAAUAAUGAGAAACUAAUAAUAAGUUAAAAAAAGUAACUUACUGAAAGAAUAGGAGAAUGACAAACACAACUUGGCGUUAAGAAAACUAUCAUUAUGCUUUCAGGGUUGGUAUCUUUUCUUGUACUUAUUUGAAAAUAUUUACAGUAUUUUUUUCCAUUGGUGGUAGUUUCUUUUUAUUCUUAGCAAUUUUUGAAUUGUAUGAUUUUGAAGUAUUUAAUAGAAGAAAUCUAUAUUAUCUAGUUCUACAUUUAGGAACCCAUGUGUAUUGGGGAGAUUGGAGCUCAAGUAUUUUUUCUUCUGAGAGAUAUAUUUUAUUAUCCUCUAGACUGUUACAUUAAUGUUUGUCCAAUAUAUCAAUGUAAGCAAAUGUAUAAGACAAGCAUUCUUUAGGUCAAAGGUGCUUUGUUAAUAUUAUGGCAUAGUACACUUGCCUUUAUUAUCUUUCCAUUCGAACUCUGUACUUUUGCAUUCAUUAAUCACCUUCGGUAUAUAAAAUCAAAAAAGGUGAACUGCAUGAAAAUUGAAA